CGAGCCUAUUUUUCCAGCGCACCACAUACAGAAAUCAAACAUGGACGAGUGUGCACAGCGAAUAUUAGAGAAUUUGACUGAAGUAGAGGUUGCUGCAGAAGACAUACUUGCUGACAAACAACAGAUUGUGGACAUGGAUUUGCGGAGAAACAGAAAUCGAGAAGCAUUAAACGCUUUACGAAAUCAUUCCUCAAAUGACAAUGUUAAGGUGUGUUUUGGAAAUAUGUUCAUCAAAUUCCCCCAAGAGAGAGCCAGAUCCAUGAUCCUUAAAGACCAAGAAAACCUUGACAAGGAAAUAAAUGACCUCCGCAAACGACUAAAAGCAAAAGUAAAUCGUCUCAAUGAGUUACAAGGGAAGCCUGAGCUGACGGGAUAUAAUCUUGCCCCUCUGAGCUCUGAUGAGAUGAAGGCAAUCAACAGCCUCAUUAAGAGAUGAGAUUCCUCAGGCUGUCUUCAUGAUUUCCGACCUGGAGUAAACGCAAACCAGCGAGACUUUACUGACUCAGCUGCAAGUGUUUGUCGUCUUUUUUUCGUUCUGUUUUUGGUCAGACUCACACAGUCAUCGUUCAGUGCUUUUACUUUGAUUGUGUCUAAAAGCCUUGCUUCUGUUUUGUGGAAUGAGAAACUGUUGACGAGUGCAAGCCAAAAAUAAUGCAGAUUCAAAAGCAAAAUCAGUAGUUGUCGCCAGUGUCUGGCUUCUUUAUGUUGUAAUUUUGUGAUCAACAUUGAAAUGGUAUUUUUCUACUCAAUAAACUCAAUGUUUCAUCA